AUGGCGCCGAUUCGCCGCUACCUCCGGAUCAGCAAGUACACCGUGCUCGAAUGUCGGAUCUACCUCGAGAAGCCCUCCGACAUCCGAUGGCUGCUCAGCAGCCGUGACCCCGUCCUGCAACGGAUCUUCGCCGCCAUCCGACCCUUGGUCCUGCCCAAGUUACGCGAAGAAAACGAACGACUCCUUGCCCGGAAGAAAGGCAAGCCCGUCAAGGAUGUCAUCGCAGAAGAUGACUUCGAAGUCGCCCUGUUCCUUCGCGAAUCCCGAACACGCCACUCUCUGUUGACGCGACACAAGGAGUUUGAGCAGGACGCGAACAAAGGCCAGAGCAAGCGGCCAUCUCAGGCGGGGGCGGGUGGCACCGCCAAGGGCCAUAUUCUGGUCGAAAGCGAUGAUGAGAGUGACCUGCGGAUGCAGGAUAUCCCCGAAGCUGGGGCGGUCGAAGAAGGCAAUGCCGGAGGGAAACGUGCGCGAGCGACGGAGGGGGAGCGGGACGAGUCCCCGAAUGAUCGACGCACUUCCAAACGGAGGAAAGACGAGGACUCGACACCACAAAUCGAAGAGCCCGAGGACAAGAAGAUGCACUUCAAAACGAACUAUGAGGGGUUCAACAUCUACGGCUGGGUGCUGUGUCUGCUCGUCACACGCAAAGGUGACGGGAUGGGCGCGACGCCUGGUGCCGCAGAGCCUGGUCGCCAGGUCCUGAUGGAAGAAUGGAUUUCUACCCAGGCUCAAGGUGACCUGGUUGAGGAUUGA